UCAAAGAUCAACUAAACUGAGCGAGAUAAGUUAAAGUGUAGUGCUUAUACUUUAUUUUUAAAGUGUUAUAACAUUAACACAAGAAACAGUCAUAUAAAGCCACAUACAUGAUAAACUGAUACGUAUAAUCUGAAACAUAGGUCAAGAAGCACGUUCAUACAAGAUAAAAGUAUAGAGGUCGUCUUUAGAUGUAUCAUGUAGUGUUACUGUUACUAUAUUAGUAUUAGCACUACUUUUACUUUGUCACGUUUGUGCAUUUCUGCCGCUGCUGAAUUUUUGCUGCAGUUUAUUUUUACUACUUGCUAGUUAGUGUUAAGAUUGAAUAAUGGCAAGAUCAGAAUCUAUUCGACGAAGUUUGAGAUUUUUCACAGCAAAUUCUGGAAAAGUUAGAUACUGGUGUCUGAAAAAAGCAGUUGACCCUUCUAAAGUUUUCACCAUUUCAACUUCAGACAAGUGUACUAUAAACAGUAUUAGAUGUUUUUCGAGAUCUGUCUCAAUUUCCAGUAGUAAUAGCAGUAUUACUGCAACAGCAGACCAUGCGAAUUUUGAUUUUUUUAGACAGGAGCAUACAGAAUUGAGAAAUACUCUGAAAAAGAUCAUCGUUAAAGAUAUCAAUCCUUUUGUUGAUGAAUGGGAGGCUGAAGGCCAAUUUCCAGCUCAUUCAGUGUUCAAGAAACUUGGUGAAGCUGGGCUUUUAGGAAUCACUAGGCCACAAGAGUAUGGUGGACUAGGACUUGACUACACCUACACCUUGGCUUUCUUAGAAGAGCUAGGCACAAUUAAGUGUGGAGGAAUCCCAAUGGCUAUUUCAGUCCACACAGACAUGGCGACUCCAGCCCUUGCCAAUUUUGGAAGUGAAGAGUUAAAAAAAGAGUUUUUAGUGCCAUCUAUUGCUGGUGAUCGUGUAGCCUGUCUUGGAGUUAGUGAAGUUGAAGGUGGCUCUGAUGUGGCCAGUAUAAAAACUAAAGCCGUUAGAGAUGGUGAUGACUUAAUUAUCAAUGGAGGUAAAAUGUGGAUCACCAAUGGUUGUCAGGCAGACUGGAUGUGUUUGCUAGCAAACACUAGAGAAGGACCUUCACACAAGAAUAAAUCUUUGAUUUGUAUUCCUAUGAAAACUCCUGGAGUUCACAUAUCCAAGAAGAUAAACAAAAUUGGAAUGCAUUCCUCUGAUACAGCACAGAUCUUUUUUGAGGAUGUACGUGUACCUGUCAGAAACAUCAUUGGUGAAGAAGGCAUGGGGUUUAUGUAUCAGAUGCUACAAUUUCAGGAAGAAAGACUUGCUGGAUCUAUCAUAGUUCUACCCUGUCUGGAGCAGGCUAUUACUGACACACUAGAAUACUGUAAGCAGAGGAAAGCUUUUGGAUAUCCAAUUAUUUACAACCAAGUCAUCCACUUCAGACUUGCAGAGCUUCAGACAGAAGUUGAAGCCCUUAGAUCUCUGGUAUACAGAGCAAUAGGUAAGCUCUUGAGUGGUGAAAAUGUCACCCUUUUAGCUUCCAUGGCAAAACUGAAAGCUGGACGACUUGCCAGAGAAGUCACAGAUACUUGUAUGCAGUACUGGGGAGGACUUGGAUAUACCAGUGAUGUCUUAAUUAGCCGUAUGUUUCGAGACAUGCGUUUACUUUCUAUUGGUGGAGGCACAGAUGAAAUAAUGCUUUCUAUUAUUUGCAAGCACAUGGGAACCUUGCCUCCACAAAUACUCACUAAGCAAGCUCAGAAUGUGAAGUAAUAUAAUUCAUAAUGAAAUAUCUGCUUUAGAUAAAGAAAAAUGCUUACUACAAUAAUUAUGAUAAGUGGUAAUACAUUGUUAAAAUGAAUAGAGAUUAUGUUGCAUAAAAAUAUCCCAUUCUAGAAUUUAAUGAUUAUUAAUAUAUAUCAGUUGUGAAUAAAACUGCAGUUUAGAUAAUAUAUAAUGAUGAAUAUAGACAUCUACACAGAUAAUGCACAUAUUACAGAGGACUUAGGUCAGUACAGGUAUUAAAACAAGAAAGUUGUAUAACACUUGGUGUGUUCAUUUUGGUUACAUACAGGUAAGUUAAUCAAGUUAAUAUUAUCUAAACUGCAGUUUAGAUAAUAUAUAAUGAUGAAUAUAGACAUCUACACAGAUAAUGCACAUAUUACAGAGGACUUAGGUCAGUACAGGUAUUAAAACAAGAAAGUUGUAUAACAUUUGAACUGAACAACUUUCCUGCAGAUCAUCUGUUUCUUGUAAGGUGAAAACUUUUCUUGAUUCACGAAAACAUAAAAAUUAUUAAUGUUAAAAUCAUUUUUACCACAGUGAUAGUUUUAAAUUUUCAAAUAAUCUAGUUUGUAAGAUAAGUCUCUUUUUUUUUUUUUGCCAAUUUGCCUUAUUUUAAAAUUUUACUUGUGAGCAUUGGUUAAAAGUUAAAGCAUGUUUUGCCUUGAAUUUGGUUUCUCAAAUCAGUACGGUGAUAUACAAUUCAAUUUUAAUUAAGAAAUGGUUUUGGAUAUCAUUCUUAACCCUUUUUUUUGUUCCUGCUUUAAUUUGUAAUAAACGUCUAAUUGUAUAUAAACGUUUAUUCUGUUGGUCAGAAAAAUAACUGUUGUUGAAAACGUAUAUAGGAAUAACAAAAUGGUUACAAUAUAUUCUGCUGUAUGAAAAACUAAUUAUUGAAUGGGUUUAUUAUGAAAUACAUGCUUAUUUCAAAAGUCUCCUAGGGGUUUAAUUACUACAUGUUUUAAUUAAGAAAAGAAGUACUUUAAUUAUUUGAAACCCUUUUCUUUAAGUUUUGUUUUCCAACUUUUAGAGUAAAGUGCAAACUUUGUGCUAAGGAUGUUUGAGUUAUUACAAUUUAUAUAUGAAGUAGCUUAUCAGUAUAUGAAGAUAUUAAAUUUUAAAGAUUGUUAAGAGAUGUUAAUUGUUUUUCCAAAAUUUAAGUAUCUUUUAUAGGCAUUUUUACAUUCACAGGUUUCAUGAAACUUAUGACCUAGCAGUUCAUUCUUACUUGUUUAAUGAUGUAUUUUUGAUAUGUAUUAUUACAUUGAUGUAUAAUGUAAUUCAAAUAUUUAUAUGCCUUCAUGUAAUUACUUUCAACUUGUGAUUUUAACAACACAAUUACUUUUGGAAAAUAAAAUCACCUUUGUGCA